CUCUUCUAAUAGUAGUAAUAGUGAUACUCCUGCUCUUAUGCCUCCAUGGAAUUCUGCCAAAGCAAAGGUCCAGUUGCGCCUUUCCGUGCAACGAUUGAGAACUCUGCAAGAAAAGAAAGAAGCUCAGGCUAAAUCGGCGCGGAGAGAUAUCGCAAGCUUAGUUGAAAGAGGAAAGAUCGAAACGGCUAGGAUCAAAGUUGAAGGCAUCAUUGGCGAAGACAUACAUUUGGAGCUGCUCGAGCUGCUUGAGCUCUACUGCGAAGUAUUGCUUGCGCGCUUUGGCGUUCUCGAUCAAAACGCACGAGAACCAGACCCCGCUGUCAUUGAAGGUGUCUGUUCUAUCAUAUACGCUGCGCCGCGGACCGAAUUGAAAGAAUUAAAUGUCCUACGAGAAAUACUCAUGCAUAAGUAUGGUCGUGACUUCUCAGCAAUGAUUAUGGAAAAUCGCGGCUCCUGCGUUAGUGAUCGCGUGGUUCGGAAACUGGAUAUAGCCACUCCUUCAACGGAGCUCGUCGAUGCAUAUCUGGCAGAGAUUACAAAGGCGUAUGGUGUGCCUUGGUCCUCGGCUGCAGCCACAAAUGGCGGAGAGGGACCAGAGGGCAGUCUCAAAGAAGCAGCAGCCCAAUCUGAUAUGGUGCUACCAGACAUCGAGGCAAAAGCUGCGUCGACUAUAUCCACCACGCCCAAGCUUCCCGAUAUUCCGCCGACAGAAGACGAGAACAAGAAAACAGGCUCGGCUAAGGAAGAAACCCAUGACGAAAGUACCAAGAUCCAACCGACACAGCCUGAAGAUGAUUUCGACCUCCUGACGAAGCGGUUUGCUGCGUUGAAAAGAGGUUAAGGCGGGGGCUAACACCUAUGGGCGCAGGGUAUAACGAUUUGAGGUAAAUGGGUCUAUUCAUCUGUAUGAUGUUUGGCCAUAAUCGAAUAAGUAUAAAUGGAAUCUUGCAGGAAUCAGGAAGUGUUCCUAUAUUCGUUCUCUUCAAUGCUCAAGGCUUCACGUAAGUACAGUCUUGCUCAAAUUGGCUCUAGGGUACGAAUACUUUUUUCUAUCGAAAUUACGGUUGAUGAACAGUUCAUCGUCUAAAAUAAG